GAAGGGAGAAAACCCUUAAUUGAGUUGUUUUUCGGACUGUAAUUGGGGUUUUAGAUUCUCCGAUUUGCGUAGCGUCGGAUUUUCGACCGGAGAGAGAGAGAAAUGGGGAGGAGGAUUUUAAACGAUGCGUUGAGGACGAUCGUGAAUGCCGAGAGACGAGGGAAAGCGUCGGUGGAGCUCAAGCCAAUCUCCACCGUCAUGUCUUCGUUCCUCAGAAUCAUGAAGGAAAAAGGUUAUAUCAAGAACUUUCAAGUCUAUGAUCCACAUAGAGUUGGUAGAAUAACAGUUGAUCUGCAAGGAAGGGUUAAUGACUGCAAAGCUCUUACCUAUAGGCAAGACGUUAGGGCAAAAGAGCUUGAGAAAUACACAGAACGCACACUUCCAACACGUCAGUGGGGUUAUGUUGUAAUCACAACUCCGGAUGGGAUUUUGGACCAUGAAGAAGCAAUUAAACGGAAUGUGGGUGGUCAGGUUCUUGGUUUCUUUUAUUGAAGAGCUUAAUCUAGCACAUGUCAAGAGGCUCUAGUGUCGAAGAAUUUAACAGAUUUUGGAAUAUCGAUCCUUAGAACAUGUUUUUCCUGUUGUUCUUUGUUUUGUAUCUUGCACUUUCUUUGAACAAAUUGGCAAUUAGACAACAAAUUUCUUUGUUCAAUUGAAUUCAAAGAUCUUAUAAAGACAGCAUUUCAAACAAUUUUUUGUUUGAUGAUGUUCAAGGUCAUUUGGUUUUUA